AUGCCGACCGGGGAUUACGAGGCUGACCAGGUGGAGGAGGAGGGAGGAGAGGAUGACAAGGUCAUCACCAGCGAGCUGCUGAAGGACCUGCCCCUGCCCGGGGUCCUGGGAGGCCCCUCCAGCGCUGAGGCCGAGCUGCUCAAGGGAGGGCCCCUCCCCUCCCCCAAGGAGGUCGUCAAUGGCAACAUCAAAACCAUCACCGAGUACCGCGAGGAGGAGGACGGGCGCAAGGUCAAGGUGGGCACGGGGCACAGGUGGGCACAGGGGGCACCUGAACCCCAGAUUUGGCACCUCUGGAUCCCAGAUUUGGCACCUGAACCCCAAAUUUGGCACCUCUGGACCCCAAAUUUGGCACCUGAGCUCCAGAUCUGGCACUGUGUGAACUGGAAGAAAUUUGGGAAUUCCGAGUUCGACGCCCCCGGGCCCAACGUGGCCACGACGACCGUGAGCGACGACGUCUUCAUGACCUUCAUCACCAGCAAGGAGGACCUGAACUGCCAGGAGGAGGAGGACCCCAUGAACAAGCUCAAGGGCCAGAAGAUCGUCUCGUGCCGCAUCUGCAAGGGCGACCACUGGACCACGCGCUGCCCCUACAAGGACACGCUGGGGCCAAUGCAGAAGGAGCUGGCCGAGCAGCUGGGGCUGUCCACGGGGGAGAAGGAGAAACUCCCGGGGGAGCCGGAGCCGGUGGCCGCCCAGGUGAGCAAGACGGGCAAGUACGUCCCGCCCAGCCUGAGGGACGGCGCCAGCCGGCGCGGGGAGUCCAUGCAGCCCAACCGGCGGGCCGACGACAACGCCACCAUCCGCGUCACCAACCUGUCGGAGGACACGCGCGAGACCGACCUGCAGGAGCUGUUCCGCCCCUUCGGCUCCAUCUCCCGCAUCUACCUGGCCAAGGACAAGACCACGGGCCAGUCCAAGGGUUUCGCCUUCAUCAGCUUCCACCGGCGCGAGGACGCGGCGCGAGCGAUCGCGGGCGUGUCGGGCUUCGGCUACGACCACCUGAUCCUCAACGUGGAGUGGGCCAAGCCCUCCACCAACUGAGCCACUCCCAGUUCAGCACCAGCGGGCGCCGGGAUCCCAGUUUGGCACCAGUUCAGCACCAGUUUGGCACUGGGGGAUCCCAGUUCAGCACCAGUUUGGCACUGGGGGAUCCCAGUUCGGCACCAGUUCAGCACCAGGGAUCCCAGUUUGGCACCAGAGGAUUCCAGUCUGGCACCAGUUCAACACCAGUUUGGCACUGGGGCAUCCCAGUAUGGCACCAGUUUGGCCCCAGUUCAGUUCCAGUUUGGAACCAGUGGGUCCCAGUUUGGAACCAGUUCGGUCCCAGUUCAAUAAAAGCCCCCCUGGGAGUUUUGGCUCAU